GACGCGCAGGCCGGGCCGGGCCGGGCCUGGCCGGGACAGGGGCGGCGGCGGCGGGCCGGGCCCCGGGGAUGGCGAUGUUCCGCAGCCUGGUGGCCUCGGCUCAGCAGCGGCAGCCGCCGGGCGGGCCCGCGGGCGGCGACAGCGGCCUGGAGGCGCAGUACAGCUGCCCCAUCUGCCUGGAAGUCUACCAUCGGCCCGUGGCCAUCGGCAGCUGCGGACACACGUUCUGCGGGGAGUGCCUCCAGCCGUGUCUGCAGGUGCCAUCCCCCCUGUGCCCACUGUGCCGCCUGCCCUUCGACCCCAAGAAAGUGGACAAGGCCGCCCACGUGGAGAAGCAGCUUUCGUCCUACAAGGCACCCUGCCGGGGCUGCAGUAAGAAGGUGACACUGGCCAAGAUGAGAGUGCACGUUGCCUCCUGCGUGAAGGUCCAGGAGCAGAUGGCCAACUGUCCCAAGUUCGUCCCUGUGGUGCCCACGUCCCAGCCCAUCCCCAGUGCCGUCCCCAACAGGUCCACCUUCGCCUGCCCUUACUGUGGUGCCCGCAACCUGGAUCAGCAGGAGUUGGUGAAGCACUGCGUGGACAGCCACCGCAGCGACCCCAGCCGCGUGGUGUGUCCCAUCUGCUCAGCCAUGCCCUGGGGCGACCCGAGCUACAAGAGCGCCAACUUCCUGCAGCACCUGCUCCACCGGCACAAGUUCUCCUACGACACCUUCGUGGACUACAGCAUCGACGAGGAGGCCGCCUUCCAGGCCGCCCUGGCCCUGUCUCUCUCCGAGAACUGAAGGCGUGGCCACUGGCCCAGGCCUCCCGCCUCAAGGGACACGCCCCGCCAGCUCCUGCGGCCCAGGCCUGCCUGGGAAGGCGCCUUGAGGGCCAGGUGGAGCCUCACUGCUGCAGGAGGAGAGGCCGCGUCCCUGUCGCUCUGAGCAGGUGGCCUCGGGGGGCCGGCCACUGGGAUGGAGUGUGGCCACUGUGUCUCAAAGCCAUGAUGUCCUCCCUGCAGAGAGGACCCUUCAGGCCCUGCCGCGUCCACAGGCCCCCGCACUGAGCAGGGAAGCGCGGAGGGGGCCCCGGCCCAGCACCUGGCAACGCUUCCCUGUCGCGUGCUCGGUACUGGCUUUUAUGAUUCCUAGAGGUUCCACACUUUUCUAUAUUAUCCGGUGUGAUGACCUUUUCACAUUUUCUAGAGCACAGACAGAGCAGUUGCCCUUCAUAUUGCAAUAUCCGUGUCUGACUAGGAAUAAUAGUAUUUUUAUGGAACAUUUACAGAAUUAUAUUUUUUAAAAAAACAAUAAAAAACGAACGGUUGUGGGAUGGGGAGGAGAGGAGAGACAGGGCAAUCGCUGUGAGCAGGGACCGAGGUGGCCACGUCCCCAGGUCACCUCGCUGUUCCCCAGGGUCACUGGGAUAAUCACGGGAAGAAAUCGCAACGCCCAGCCACUUGCAGCGGCGCUGUGUCUGCUCCUGGCCUCCCGCCUGGGUCUUGGCCUCGGCCCUGCUGUCCCUGGUCCAAAGCCGACCACCUCGCGCCCCCAGCAGGGCCGCCCCGGCAGUGGCAGAGCGCGGGGGCCGGGGCAGUGACCAGAGCUCACAAGACGCUCAUUGGCACCCUCGUUUGGCUCGUGCCAUAAAUUAUUGCUGUCUUUUAAAAAAAUUUAAAUAAAAUGUCUCAAAGCAUCUCCAGCGGCCUGG